AUGACCGCACAAAUGGAUCCCGGGCCCAAAACCCACGAUGAGUAUACCGUGGGGUGGGUAUGUGCUUUGCCGAAAGAGCAGACCGCGGCAACAGCAAUGCUGGAUCGAAGGCACGCCGGGCUUCCAAAGCCGAAGAAUGAUCCUAAUACGUACACCCUUGGAUCUAUUGGCAAUCACAACGUUGUCAUAGCCUGCCUGCCCAAGGGUCAGAUUGGCAAUAACUCGGCGGCAAGUGUUGCAACCUGGAUGAUCUCGACCUUUCCAUCCAUAAAAUUCGGCCUGAUGGUCGGUAUCGGUGGCGGCGUUCCGCCUAAGGUCAGACUCGGUGAUGUGGUUGUUAGCACACCCGUGGGCCAGUUUCCUGGUGUGGUGCAAUGGGAUCUUGGAAAGGCGAAAGAAGGUGGCAGCUUCGAACGGACUGGAUCGCUGAACAAUCCGCCUACGUCUCUGCUUACGGCCCUGACAGCUUUGGAAACGGAGCAUGAUUUGGUCGGCUCGAAGAUACCGGAGUACUUGGAGGAGUUGAGGGAGAAGUGGCCGAAGCUUGUAUCUAAAUACCUGCCGUCUGAUUUGCAAGAUGUAUUAUUCAAAGCAGAUUAUGGGCAUGCGAGCGAGGCUGCCUUGAAAGAUCUUGAUAAUAGUUCCGAUGUUGACGAAGACGAGGAUGAGGAUGAUGAUGAUGAUGAUGAAGAAGAAGAAAGCUGCCGACUUUGCGAUAAAACAAAGAUUGUGAAGAGAAAGCCGAGAGAAAUGGCUGUGCACUUCGGCCUGAUUGCAUCUGGAAACCAGGUCAUCAAGGACGCUACUCUCCGAAACAAACUCAACAAAGAUCUCGGUGGUAAUCUCCUAUGUAUUGAGAUGGAGGCAGCGGGUCUGGUGAACAACUUCCCGUGUAUCGUCAUUCGAGGAAUCUGUGACUAUGCAGACUCACACAAGAACAAGGAUUGGCAGGAAUAUGCUGCGGUUGUUGCGGCAGCAUUUGCCAAGGAGUUUCUGGCAUUUUUGCAGCCAACUGAUAUUGAGGGAGAGCGGCCAGUGAAAGAAAUAGUUGGACAGGGUGAGUCAAUCUUAGGACCUUUUACUGAGUUCUGUGGCCUAAUGUGGAUUGAUAUGAAUUUAGUUCUCGAGGUUGUAUCCCAAUCUGGGGCAAAUGUUCAGAAGAUAAGAAGCCAUCUAGAGCAAAAGCAAGAACUAGAGAUAGUUAACUGGAUUACGCCGAUCAACUAUGGCCCUCAACAAAGUGAUUUCUUAAGAAGGAGACAACACGGAACAGGCCAGUGGCUUCUUAAUUCAACACAGUUUGAAAUAUGGAAGAAAACUAAAGGCCAGACAAUGUUUUGUCCUGGAAUGCCUGGCGCUGGAAAAACGAUCAUCAGCUCUAUUGUGAUCGAUUAUCUUGACCAGGAGUUUCAAGCAGACCCAGAAAUGGGUAUUGCUUAUGUUUACUGCAACUAUAAACGACAAGAGAAUCAGACGAGCAACGAUUUGCUGGCAAGCUUGCUCAAGCAGCUAGCUGGGCAGUGCCAGCCUCUGCCCACUAGUGUCAGAAAGCUCUACAACCACCAUGAAGACAGAAGAACGCGACCGUCAGCCGAAGAAAUUUCCAGAGUUCUCCUCAGUGUAGCGGCGAGAUUCUCGAAACUCUUCAUUCUUGUUGAUGCGCUUGACGAGUGCCAGGAAUCUGAGCGGCUGCAUUUCGUAUCAGAGAUGUUCAACCUCCAAGUGCAACAUGGUGCAAAUAUCUUUGUGACAUCGCGGUUCAUAUCGGAAAUUAUGGAUCGAUUCAAAGACGCCUUAUCGUUAGAAAUCCGUGCGACUGACGAGGACGUGAGAAUGUACUUGGAAAGCCGCAUGAGCCAGCUGCGACCUUGUGUUAUCAAGAAUCGCCAACUGCAGGAGGAGAUAAAGACUGCUAUCUCAGAAGCAGUCGAUGGAAUGUUUCUGUUAGCACAAAUUUAUCUUGGUUUUCUCGACGACAAGUUGACCACGAAUGAUAUCCGGCAGUCGUUGAAAAGCUUUCAGAAGCAAAAUCGAGGAUCGAGUGAAGACAAGAGUGAGAUACUGAGUCGUGCCUAUGAUCAGGUAAUGGAAAGGAUUAAUCAACAGCGGCCAGGUUUGAAACAACUGGCAGCGAAGGUUUUGUCAUGGAUCACCUGCGCAAAGCGGCCGCUCAGCAUACCAGAGCUUCAGUAUGCCGUGGCAAUAAAGCAAGGGCAGUUCCAGCUUGACGACGGAGAUUUGCCACAUAUUGAAGACAUUGUAUCAGUCUGCUUGGGAUUGAUAACUAUCGAUGAUGAAAGUAGCAUCAUACGUUUGGUACACUAUAGUACACAGGAGUACUUUGUGCAGACCAAGCAAGAAUGGGUUUCUAACGCCCACGCCGAAAUUGCCAGAUCUUGCAUCACUUUCUUGUCAUUCGACGUUUUUGAAACCGGAUACCGCCUAACGGAGAAUGAUUUGAGUACGAGAUUUGAAACGACUGUUCUAUAUGGCUAUGCCGUGGAAACUUGGGGAUACCAUGCCAGAAACUCCCCGAUUGAAAACAAUCGAUUGAUACUGGACUUUCUCCAAGACACAUCCAAAGUAUCCGUCUGUAGCCAGGCUAUGGUAUAUCUCAAAAAUUCUUACCUCGAAUACGCUGAAACGAAGAUGACAGGUUUGCACCUUGCAGCAUACUUUGGACUUGAUAAAUUGACAACAAGAAUCCUUGAACAGAAAGCAGAUGUCAAUUGUCAAGAUCAAUAUGGUCAGACUCCACUUUCAUUUGCGGCCGAAAACGGGCAUGACGCAGUGGUGCAGCUACUGCUUGAGCAAAAAGCAGAUAUAAAUAGCCAAAUUAGAGAUGGCCAAACUCCACUCUCAUUGGCGGCCACAAAUGGGCAUAAAACAUUGGUACAGCUUUUACUUGAUCAUACGGCAGAUGUUGAUUGUCAAGAUCAAUCCGGCCAAACUCCACUCUCAUUCGCGGCCGAAAAUGGGCACGACGCAGUGGUACAGCUACUGCUUGAACGGAAUUCAUGUAUCAACACUCUUGAUAUAUUCCGUCGGGCUCCACUCUCAUUGGCGGCUAGAAAUGGGCACAAUUCAGUGGUCAAGCUGCUACUUGAGAAUAAUAUCAAUGUUGAUUCUCAAGAUGAUUGCGGUCGAACUCCGCUCUCAUGGGCGGUCAUUAACAAUCACGUCACAGUGGUGACGCUACUGCUCGAGCGGAAAGCAGAUGUCAAUUGUCAAGAUCAAUUUGGCCGAAUUCCACUCUCUUAUGCGGCCGAAAAGGGGCACGACGCACUGGUGCAGUUGCUACUUGAGUGGAAUUCAGAUAUCAAUUCGGUCGAUAUUUUUGGCCGAACUCCGCUCUUCUUUGCGCAAAGAUAUAUGCACUGGCCCAAUGUAGUGGAGAAGCUAGUUCGUGCGAAGUCACUUCUUGAACAGAAUAUCAUUGUUGGUUCUGAAGAUGUCAGCGGCGCACCGCUCUCACUCGCAGUCGAAAAUGGGCGUAGAGCAGGAGUGAGCGAAUGCGGAGAAAUUUCGCUGUCAACUGCUCUCCGUUCUGAAAAUGACAAUAGCCAGACUCCGAUUUAUAGACCGCCAAGGAAGCGCAGCAAGAAGCAUUGA